AUGGUGAAUAAAAUGAGCGAGCAGCCGGGGAAUGGGGAGGUUAAGCUGUAUCAUGAACGACAGGUGAAAGAGUUGUGUGCCUUGCAUGCUCUUAACAACCUCCUACAGAGUGACCAGGCGUUCACGAAAAAAGAUCUGGAUGAUAUUUGCAACAGACUGUCUCCUGGCUCAUUUAUCAACCCUCACAGAAGUAUACUGGGCCUGGGAAACUAUGAUGUAAAUGUUCUUAUGGCUGCUUUGCAAGAGAAAGGCCUGGAGACCAUCUGGUUUGAUAAAAGAAAGGAUGUGGAUGUUUUAGUGACGGACAAUAUUAUGGGAUUUAUUCUAAACACACCCACAGACUACAGAUUGGGUUUUGUCAAACUCCCAAUUCAUCGCAAACACUGGAUAGCUAUUCGCUGGCUCCAGGGUCAGUACAUGAACUUGGAUUCCAAACUGGACGCCCCUGUUGCAAUUGGUGACCAGGCUAGCUUGUUGCAGUACCUGCGUUCAGAACUUAGCGACGGGGAGAAGGAGCUGCUACUGGUUGUUGAGAAAAGUGUCUAUGAAACAUCUUCAUGGCGAAGAGGCAGUGAUUGUUCUUUGAGAGACGAAAGUAACGCUUGUAAAUCUUCAGAAAACACAGAAAAUGACCGGAAUGAUUCCAAAACAAUGAGUCUGAAAAUGGCAUGCAAUAGAAAUGGGUUACCAAAUGGGGCAGCAGUGCAAGCUGAUCCCCAGUCUCAGGAAACCACAGGUGACAACUGCUGUAUUAAAUGA